AUGACGGAAACUACUCGCCUUCACAUUUCUCCUCUGACUCCUGAUCUCUUUCCCUCUGUAAUACCGCCCUCCCUCCGAUCCGCUGCCACCGACGUCUCCUUUCACGAGAUUCCCACAUUCCCCGAGAAUAGCUACGGAUACAUCACCUUGCCAUCCAUGGACGCUGAUAAAAUCAAGAAGAAGCUCAAUGGAUCGAUUUUGAAGGGCAAGAAAUUCAAAAUUGAGACCGCUCGUCCUUCCAAGCGACAUUUGGAGGAGGUAGCAGACCAGGAUGCUCCGGUAGAAAAGAAGAAGUCGAAGAGACGAAGAUCUGAGGACGGUGUCCUCGAUGGCUUCGAAUUACCCUCGGGCCGUAAGGUGAAGCGCGGCUGGACUGAGCCUGCCAACGGGAAGAAAGACCGUCGGAAGUCCGAGAAGAGGAAGAACAAGGAGGACAACAAAGAAAAGCCGCAGCCCAAGUCAAAGUAUUCUGAAAAAGCCGAAUGUCUUUUCCACACCAAGAUUCCCCCAAAUCGAACUUCCAAUAGGACUGAAGAUGAGAAGAAGUCUAAGAAGAACAAGAAAAAGACCGCCGAGUCGGUUGUUCACGAAUUUUCGCAAACGGUCACCCACCCUAGUUUUCUCCGCGCCUCCGGCGAUGUUGCACCAUUAACGACUGCUUUCGAAGAAGGAAAAGGCUGGGUGGAUGACAAAGGAAACGUGAAAGAGACGGCCAGUGCAAAGUCGCGGAAGAAGGACUACAUACCUGGUCAGGUUCCUGGCGCAAAAGAAAAACGAUCGACUAAAACAUCGGCCCUCAAGGGCGAGCCAGAAAAUCCUCAGUCAUCGAGUGAUUCGGAGGACUGGACUUCUUCCAGUGGCUCAUCUGAUGAAACCUCAGACAGUGAGAGCGAAGACGGCAGCUCCUCUGAUGACUCUGGCUCUUCGGGUGAGAUCCCCAGUGAAGAAACGAUGUCGACGGAAACGAAACGCUCACUGGAUUCUCCCAAACCUUCCCCUGAUGCUUCCGACCCAUCCAGUGUAAUGCAGAGGAUGGCUCACCCAAGGAAGUCCACCCCAUUAGAAGCUUUGUUCAAACGCCCAACAUCGGACACUCUCAAGGAGCAGCCUGCUGCCGCUGACGCCGCUGGAUUCAGCUUUUUCGGAAACAAUGAUGAUAUAGAAUCAGAGGAAGAGCCUCAGGUGGCUGAGCCACAGACUCCCUUCACACCUUUCGCGAAGAGAGACCUUCAGGCUCGAGGCUUACGAAGUGCUGCCCCAACUCCUGACACCUCCAUGGCUGGUCGUCACUUCUCAUGGAACGAAGACGCGGAUAUUGAAGAUGAUGACGAUUCAAUCGAUACCCCGGUCUCAAAAAGCAGAGGAAAGAGCCUUUCUGCUGAGAAGGAUGAAACGGAGUUUGCCAAAUGGUUCUGGGAAAACCGCGGCGACAACAACCGGGCCUGGAAGAAGAGGCGGCGCGAUGCCGCGAAGGAGCAGAGACAGAGAGAGAACCGCAAAAAGGGCAUGAAGGGCAAAUCAUAG